UCUUAUUAUAAAGCAGACAGCAAAAUAGCAGCAUGCAAUACUCUCUCGAGAGAAAGGUUAAAAAACAUAAAAAAUGACAAAUAUCUAACUGCUUGUUAAUGUCAACAAAUCUGGUUAAACCAUUCGGCUGUGGUGUAGCAGAUUAGAAAAGGAAAAGCCUAUUUGAAGCAGUGACUGAUAGAACUGAAACCGAAACAGUUUCUCCAUCUGCUGACGUCAGUGAUGUGAGGUAAGGACCAGGCUGCAGCAUCCACUCACAACCGCACCCAGCCAGAGAAAAAAGAGCUUGACAGGAGAAUUGUUGAGACUCAUUGAGGCUUCAGUUGUACAUCAAUGACAAAACAAUCUGGUUCUGCAGCUGCUUCUCCAAAGCAAAAAAUGAAGAGUGAAAAUAAAGUUCAGGAGUCCACUGAUAGGCCGGAAGAGCCCAAUGGAGCUGCUGGUGAAUCUAGCUCUGCAUUGAUGGCUGAAGAAAAUAAAAAAAAAUACAGUGGUUCUACAAGUCAUUUUCUAAAUCGCAUGUUAAAGCCAAAAAAGCUGGGCAAAAAACAUUCCUCAAAAUCAAAUAUAACUGACACGGAUUCCAUCAUGAUGGUUGAACAAACAUCAAAAUCCUUAAGUGGUUCAGCAAAACAUUUCUUAAAUCUCAAAAUAUCAAAAAAGUUGGGCAAAAAAAAUUCCUCAAAAUCAAAUCCAGAGCUCCUGGAUUUCAGUCAGAAUCUAAACAUGGGAUAUUUGGCUGAAGCUAGCCAGCAACUUUUAGAAAGAGAGAAUUGCCUCUUCAAAUUACAGUCAACAACUGAGGAUGUGAUUUGCACAGAAGAUGAAAAAGAAUGCUUGAAGAAGGACUAUGAGACUCUAAUGGAUCAUUUAAAAUUUGCUGUCCAUGAUUCAUUUAACUUGGAGAAUCAGGAGAUGCUGAGAAGUGCUAUAAUGGCUAUAGUUCAGCAGGAGGAAAGAGACAAGCUCUGGGAAGAGGCAGCAGAGGAAUCCCCAUGCUGGCGACCCAUGAGAUGCAGAGAGAUCCACGACACAAUAAUUAAGGAGGUAGUGGAGGAACGUCUGCAGCAAGCAAAUGAAGAAGAGAGUGACAUGGACAUACUGAAAAGAGAUGUGAUAAAGAUGUGUGACAUUCAGAAAGACCUGCUUCAAGUUGUCAAUCAUGUGCAGAAAUGUUACACAGAUUUCAAUGUGGUUCACAUGUACGCUCAGCUCUAUCACCAGGCUUUCUCAGAAAAACUGAGGAAGCUUCUACAAUGCAGUGUUACUAUAGACGAUUACAAAUCCAUACUGCAACAAACAAAUGGUUUUUCAAAGCAGAUUUUGCAACACGACGAAUUGAACCAACACAUAAAAAUUGAAUCAUUAGGAGCUUUGUUACCCGAGGAAGAGCAUAUGUCACUGGAGGAGCAGUAUUUGUCACACAAAGAGAAAGAGGUCGAAACUUGGUUGACUAAUGCUCUCAAGUUGAAGAAGACCGACUGGGAUGCUAAUAAAAAACCUGAACUUCUUGAUGAAUAUUAUUUUUGCAAUCUGUAUUUAGAUGUUAUAGGGCUUUUUAAUGGAGCCAUAAAUGAGGUCAGUGACAUUUUAGGAAAUGAUAAAGCACAGAGAAUUUUGAUGCAGAUGGGCAGCUUUCUAAUAAGUUAUAAGAACUGCAUGGAGGAAUUUCUCCAAGGUCAGCAGAUGAACAUCACUGAAAUCAUGAAAGCCCAGCUGUUUAAUAUCAGCAAAAUAAGGGAGUAUAUUGAGAAACAAGAGAGUCUUCCAGAUGAAGUGAAAGUGGCCUGGCUGUCAACUUUAUCAGAGUUGAGAGAUUCCUGUCACAAUUACUUCCUCAGUCCCAUACACAAGGACCUCAAGGAAAAUUACUGUAAAUUGUGGACUUCGAUUUGGUUUUCAAAGCAUGAAGAGAUUGUUGACAAGUUCGAAGAUACAUUGAAUGAGAAAAUACAUACUUUGAAUAGGUUACACUGUGCCUGUCAAAAGGAGCUGUUGAGUCAGCUGCAUUUUGAGGUGAUGAUUGAAUAUGUGAAGAGGAUGUUAAAAAGGAAACUGAAACUUAAAAACAAGGACAAGCAGGAGGCAGCUGCACGCUUUCUGUGUGAGGACAGUGAAAGAAUCAACACCCUGUUUAAAAGAAAUGGAUCGGAGAAUGUAUGGCUAUCUGACAUUUUACCCAGAGUUUCAGAAGUGAUAAAGGAGCAAGAUCCAGAAAACCUUGAACUGGAAAUCUUUGUGUUGUUAAAACACCACCCUGACCUCAGUGAACGCCAGGUCUGUCAGCUCUUGCAGCUGAAAAGCAGAUGUCCAGAUGUGCACAUGAUCAGAGCGUGUUAUCAUCAGACUGUAAACAAUCAGCCAGUACCCUUAGAAGAAAAAGACGACUCUGCGCUGGCACCAACAUUCUUCUCCCAUUUGCCUAGAAAUAUCUCGCUGAGUUUCCCUUCUUGUUUCUGCAUUCUCCCCAUCUUUUGUUGGAAUGUAAUGCUUCCAUGUAGGAAAUGUUAACAACUACGCUUUAAUGAGCAAGGACAAAGAUUCAAAAGCAUAAUUGCAUAAUUACAUUACACAUAGUUCAGGUUAUAAAGACGAGCUGGCAUUAUUCAAUAUUUCUGCAUCUCAUUUUAUAGGAUUACAAAAAUGGAUAGCUAAGAAUUAGUAUAAGAGGGUUUUCAGGAGAAGAGAAGGAAACUAUAAAAAAUGCAGAUGAGAGUAAACAUGUCAAUAUUACAUCCUAAUUACUAUGUGUAGUUCAAAUAUAUUGGCAUUAUGUGAUGCUGACAUUUAAAGAUUCAUUAUACAAGAAUCUGGAUAACUGACUUAUUUGGGACAAAAUUGCACCACCUUUUUUUCCUUUUCAGCAUUGCCAACAGUAAUUAAAGUCAUUAUCAUCCUCCUUUUUUAUUUAAUUAGAAGCUAGAAAUAUAUUAAAUGUGGGCAUGAAUAUAGGUACACAUGUAUGUGAACUAAGAGUUUUUACUUACCGUAAUUUCUGGACUAUUAAGCGCACCCAUAUAUAAGCCGCACCCACUGAAUUUUACAAAUAUUUUUAUUUUGAACAUAAAUAAGCCGCACCUGUCUAUAAGCCACUGAAACUAAU